AUGGGAAAUCCGAUCUCACCCACUGUUGCUGAUCUAGUUAUGGAAACGCUCUUAGAAAACGUGAUCAAAGAGAUACGUUGCGAAAUACCUGUUGUAAAAAAGUACGUGGAUGAUCUUUUCCUGGUUGUACCAGCAGACAAGGUAGAAGAGAUUCUUGACACAUUCAACCGAUAUAACAGCAACCUACAAUUCACCUGUGAGAAAGAACAGAAUAGGAGACUUCCUUUUCUCGACAUGGUUGUAAUUCGUCAACCAGACCAAUCAAUUAAGACUGAAUGGUACUGCAAGCCCAUGGCAUCGGGUCGUUUCAUUGACUACUUUUCGACGCAUCCAUUACAUAUGAAGACUAACAUGGUAAACAACUUCAUCCGUCGAGUGCGAGAAUUUAGUACAAACCUGACCAAAGAAGCUACAAACGAGAUAAUUAAACAACAGCUAAAAAUCAACCACUAUCCCACAACAUUCAUUCAUCGUUGCCUCAACAGCACUGCAUCGCGAGCCGUUGUUGUUCCAGCACAGUCACCCGAACCAAUCAUCUACAAACCGUUGAUCUACGUGGAAAAACUGACCAGCCGUUUAAAAAAGACGUUUCGGACUGAUUUUCCUAACAUCAGUUUAGCAACAAGAAACGAAUUCACAAUAAAAAAACUGUUUACAAACACAAAAGACAAUAUUCCAACAGAAAUGAAAACGAAUGUUAUCUAUCGCAUUCCGUGCAGGGAUUGUCAGGCCAGCUAUGUCGGAUUAACUUCAAAUCAGCUAAAAAAACGCAUCAGCAACCAUCGAUCGAACAUCAAGCAGAUGGAAGCGCUCAUCGAUGCAACAAGCCGAAGUAAUCCAACUAUCACCCACGAACUAAGUAACCUGAGGGAAAAAACUGCUUUACUUGCGCACUGCAUAGACACCCGACACCGUUUUGCACUAGAUGAUACCAGAGUAGUGGAUCAACAUCGUCGCCAAACAGCACUGCCGAUUUUGGAAGUUUGUCACAUAACAAACACCGACCAUACAGUCAAUAAGCGAUCAGAUGUUGACUGUCUCAGUUCCACAUACGCUGCUAUUCUACACACGAUCAAAACUACCAAAUCAAAACAACCAUCUCACUCAACACGCACACACAGAACAACAAGCAGCAACAACAGCAUACAAUAG